AAGCUCUUUUUAUUAUAUUAUUAAGUAUUUCUUUGUAGAAAAGAAUUUGUAUUGGUUAUCCCGUACAAAAACUUUCAUUUUUAAAUUAUAGAGAAAAAUAAAUCUAUUGUAUAAAAAUACAGACUAAUUCUGGUAGCGCCAUCUAUUGACUAGAAACGAUUACGCAGUAUUUGAGGUUAUGAAAAGUUUUCAUACUUGAUUUUAUCCUUUGGAUGUUGUGAAAUUUUUUGUGUAUCUUAAUUGCUCUUAAUUCUUUUAUUUCAUUUUAUGAGAUCGCUGGCUGAACCUAAUCUGUCAUGAAUGAUUUAGGUGUUCAAGACGUAUAUACGUUACAAAUAAGAAGACAUGCAAAUUUAAAUAGUUUAUCACCAAACUGUGAAGCAUGUAAAAAUGGUUUUCUUCAUGUUAACAGCUUGCAAGUACGUGAAUUUACUCAAACUGGAAAACUUCCAGGUGUUUGUAAAUCUUGCAAUGAUGCAUUUCUGAGAAUCUGUAGAUUGCAGAUUCGGCAUUUGACUCAAACAGAAAACCAUCCCCAUGUGUGUGAUGUAUGCAGUAAGUCUUUCACUCAUGCUGGAAAUUAUAGGAAACAUAUGCUCCUUCAUGAACAGGAAAUUUCAGGAGGUAUACCACAAAAUGGGAAUGGCAAUUCUCCUCCCAAGCCCCCAUUUAUCUGUGACAAGUGUUCAAAAAGUUUUGUAAAGUAUGGUAGUUUCCAAAAGCAUUAUUUACGUCAUGAUGAAGUGUACAUCUGUGAGCUAUGUGAAAAAAAUUUCAGUAGCAGAGCAACUUUAAAGGCUCAUAUUCGCACGCAUGAAGUAAACAAACCACAUAGAUGCAAAUUUUGUAAAGAAGGAUUUACUUUGCCUGAUAUGUUGGAGCAGCACUUGUUGAACCACUUGCAAGAUCAAAACAAUGCAGUAAAUGGAGCUACUGAAGAAGAUGAUCUUGCAGAAGAACAGGAAAAAUUUGAGAAAUAUAAUCACUUUUGCAACGUAUGUGAAAAAGGAUUUGUUCAUUUAGGCUCUUUAAAAAAUCAUAUUUUGACUCAUAGUGGUGAAUUGCCUUAUCAAUGCAAAACUUGCAAAAGAAGAUUUGUACAUGCUGGCAGAUUGAAAAAACACAUAAAACUGCAUACUAAAAGCAGCAAACGUUAUUCUUGCAAAACAUGUGGUAAAGGUUAUACACUUCUGAAAACUUUGAAAAAACAUAAUGCAUUGCAUAAAACUCCAAGCACAAGUUCAUGAGACUACUGCAGAUUCUAAUUAAUUAAUAAUCAUACUCAAGAAAUGCGAAUUUAUCAGUUUGUGUUUACUUAUUUGCAUGGAAGAAUCAAAAGAACAUAUCAUUAAUACAUACAUUAUGAGUUAAUUAAAAUGAAAUGUUUCUUCAAAAUAUAAGUUUUCUUGUGAUGAGUAUAGUAAUAUACUAUUUUUUAAAAGAACUAGAGGGUUUAUUUAAAAGAAAUUUUUGUUAAAAGUUAUUAACUGCAGGUAAAGAACUUGAGAAAAACUGUCUCAUUUAUUGCUUUUAAUGUAAAAUUAAUGGUCAUAUGUAUCAAGUGAAAUGUUGUUUAAAGAAAAUAUAUUUAAGAUUAUUUAAACAUAAUUGUCACAUUCAAGAAGAGUUGAGAUACCUCCAAAUCCGCCACAACAUUUCUUGGAUUUCUUCUUGUGUUAAGUCCUUGUGUAGUGCGAUAAAGUAUUUAUCAGACAAGAAAGAAGAAAAAUCAGAAAUGCCCUUCGCCGGGAUUUGAACUAUAGACUACUCAUUUGCUAGUCGACAUGCUUCCAAUUAUACUAUGAAGGUACAUGGUAAGGAAGGAGAAAAAUCCCAUGUGUUUAUCUUCAUAUGAUAGUUUGACACAGAUGACAAGUAGAAAUCUGUUAUUGCUUAUAUUGAAAACACAGUUUUGGUCGUUUUCUUAUCUUGACCUACUAGUGUCGAAAUGGAUAAUUACUGAGUAAUUGUAGUUUAUCUAUAGUUAAUUCAUUUGAAUCCUAGCAAAUGAGUAUGGAUGGUCUUUCCCAUUGCUAACAUGACUUCAUACCAAUUCCUCUUAGAAAUUCACCCAUUAAAGCAUGUCUUCCCACAGCCAGGUAGUUCUGCCAUGUUUACCAGUUAAGCAUCCUUUAUCUUUAGAUUUGUUAAGCUAUGUCUAAUAUUCUGUUAAGGAUAUUAGACAUAGCAUGUGAAAUAUUGUGAAAAGUGAGUAAAUUUUUUAAACUCGUCAUUUAUGAACUCAUUUCUAAGAAAUGUUGCAGUCGGCUCAAAGUUAUCUUAACUGCUUCAGAAUCUGAUAGUUGUUUUAUAAUGAGAUAUAAAUUUGAUAAUCUGCACCUUCCUUUGUGGUCAUUUGUAGUUGGAAAUGUUAUGUUCGAAAUUCAUGUAUUUCGUUAUUUUUAUUUUUUUUUAUUAUUAUUAUUAUUAUUUGGAGUUUUUUUAACCAGACUUUUUUUAUAUUUGCAACUUUAAAACGAUUCAGUUAAGUAUUAUUUCUUUCCCAUGCGAGAUUUCAGUGGGUUGUGGUUCCUAAUCUGUAGUACAGCAAAAAAAUGCUAUUCUACAGAAGGGGGGGGGAUAUUUAUUUGAGAGAAAAAGCAACUUUUCGCUAAGGUAGUAAUGAAAAAAGUAGAAUUUAGUUAUUUUGAAUAUGUCAAAGCACAUAAGGGCUAUCUACUUAAGAGAGAUAUGCCUUUGUGGAAACCUUUCUAAAGACAACUAACAUGGAGAAAAUUACAAAAACCAAGCAUAUUAUCAGCCUAUUCAGUUCGAGUGUGUUCACCUGAAACAUUGAAACCGAGAUCAAACUGUCAGUAUGCCACAGUCUUAUAUACUUGGUGAUUCAUGUGGUGUUAGUGAAAAAAAAUUAUUAAUUUUUAAUUUGUUUAAUCCUUGGUAAUAAAGAGAAGCUGAAGUGUCUCGUAGAAGAAUGUAAAUGGAAACAUUUCCAUUUACAAAGUCAUAAUUAUUUUCUUUCAGUGGAAAGCUAAAGCAGUUUUAUUAUAAUAUUAAUUGCCCAUAAUAAUAUACAUAAAAUAAUGAGAUAUAAAUUUCAUAAAAUAUACAUAAAAUAAUGAGAUAUAAUUGUACUUUCCAUACACAUAAAAUUAAUUAUUGUUUGUAUUAAAAUAUGUUAUAUAUUAGAAAAUGAAUCAUUCAAAAUUGUUCUAUGUUGUUCGGACAUGUCAGUAUUUAUAAAUCAUUCAAAAUUUGUGCAGCAGAAUUGUUAAUGUUUGACAUUUUUAAGUCUGUUAAUAUGGAAGUAUGAAUCAGAAAUUACUCACUUUUUGUAAUGUUUUAGAAUAUUUUUAAAAAAAGUAAAAUAUUUAAUGUGUCUUCAUUUUGUGACAGUAAGUUUUUACUGAUUUUAAUACUAUUUUUCAUUCAGUUUUUAAAUCUUAAAUACAAUGAUUUUUAAGAAAAGAUAACCAAAUCUUGUUAUGCUUUUCGAGUUUGGGUUGUUUUAAUUCAGUAGAAUCAUUCAUUGCAUUUGUUGUUUAUUUUUGUGUUUAUAACAGCAGUUGAUAUAUUUGCAUAUAGAGUAAAAAAUCUGAUGUGUACACCACAUGACUUUCUUGUACGGAAUAUUAAAUUAUACGCAUUUUUUCUUGCAUUUCAUUUAAACUUAUUGGAUUGAAUUAAAUCUGCUUGGUCGAUAGCGCA